AUGGCUGAGAAACGUAUCAACUCUGAAGCUUUCAAAAAUGCCCUAUUAAAGGUUUGGAAAACUAGGGCUACUAUUAACAUUGUGGAAGUGGGUAUGAAUCCUUUCAUUGUUGAAUUUGUGUCUGAGGGUGAAUUAUCUCGUAUUUGGGAUGGCCAACCGUGGUUAUUUGAUCAAUAUCUGAUAUAUUUGAAGUGGUUUGAUGGGAUUACUCCUUCCAAAGAUAGCAUGUUUUCUCAUACCUAUAUUUGGGUACAAUUGCACAAUCUGCCUUUUGGAUGUAUGAAUUCUGAUAUUGGGAAUAAACUGGGUAAGUCCAUAGGCAAAAUGUUGCAUGGGGAAUCUAACUCUAAGGGUCAUGGAUGGGGCAAAUUUAUGUGUGUUCUUGUUGAACUGGAUUUACAUCAACCUUUAGUAAGGGGGAAGAUGCUAUUGUUGGAUGGGAAAACAAUCUUUGUCGCUUUUAAGUAUGAGCAAUUGCCCAAGUUCUGUUUCCGAUGUGGAAGAAUUAAACAUGCUGGGGUGGUUUGUCCAAGUAAGGGAGUUUCAAAGUCUGAAGUAUUAUAG